CGUCUGUUGCCCCCGUCGGACCCCAGGACCCCUCCCGCCGGACGCACCUUGUCUCCCCGAAAAGGCGGGAUGCCGCGGUGCCGCGGUGGCGGGCGGAGGGGAGCGGGAGGCCGGUCACGAAGGGCCGGGAAGGACCAGCCCCGCUCUCCGCGCCCCUUCCCGCCCGCCGCCUCAGGCGCUGCCCGCGCCCCCCGCGAGCCGCCGCGGCCCCUCUGAUUGGGCGGCGGGGGAAUCCCAGCGGGCCCCUCUCCGCGAUAUAAGGGGCGGCGGGGCCGGCACCGGGCUCACUGCCCGCCCCCAGCCCGGGCGCAGCGCGGAGCGGAGCGGCGGGGCCGCCUCCUCUUCCUCAGCGCCGAGGUAGUGGCGGCGGAGCAGCGCGGCUUCCCCCGUCUCCUCCCCGCCAAGGCGAUGGCCGAGCUCAAGUCGCUGGGCGGCGAGGCGUACCUGGCGCUGGCCCCGGGCUACAGCCCGUCGGCUUUCGCCUACGGAGCCGUGCGCGGCGGCGGCGAGGGUCCGCGGGGGAGCUACCCGGGGGGCGGCGGGACGGACUUCCACCCCGGGGCUCUGGGCAAGUCGGCGGAGAGCAGCGGCGAGCAGAGCGGCGACGAGGAGGACGGCUUCGAGGCCGGGGAGAAGGGCGGCGCGGCCUUCGAGCGGGAGGGCAAGCUGAAGGGGGGAGCGCUGGGCAAGAAGCCCAAGGAGCAGCGCUCGCUGCGCCUCAGCAUCAACGCGCGGGAGCGGCGGAGGAUGCACGACCUGAACGACGCCCUGGACGGGCUGCGCUCCGUCAUCCCCUAUGCCCACAGCCCCUCGGUGCGGAAACUCUCCAAAAUCGCCACCCUGCUCCUGGCCAAGAACUACAUCCUCAUGCAGGCCCAGGCCCUGGAGGAGAUGCGGCGGCUGGUGGCCUACCUGAACCAGGGCCAGACGCUGAGCACCCCGCUGCCCGCCACCCUCAACCCCUUCGGACAGUCGGCCGUCUACCCCUUUGGCGGCGCGGCCUUGCCCGGCUGCCCCGAGAAAUGCACUGCCUUCACAGGAGCUGCCCUCUGCAAACACUGUAAUGACAAGCCUUGACUUCUGGCUGCUUUGGGCUUUUUGGGUUUGUUUGGGUUUUUUUUUCCUGUGCACUUUUCUUUCCACUAUCAUCAGCCCUGGCUUCCUACCAUCACUGGCAGUCAAAGCAAAACGCCUGCUGAAGUAAUGUAAAGAGGAGACGGAUGUGGCAGUCCUUUGCGGAGGAGCGGCAUCGCGAAGUUAGGCGAAUGAUCGGAAUACUUGGAAAAAGCUUGUGGAUGUUCAGCUCCUUAUCAGCAGGGAUUUGUUUUUUCUCCAGUUUCUCAUGAAUCGUGAGCAUAUGAAAAAAAUGUUUAUGCCUGACAUUUUGAGUGAAGUAGGCAAAGAUUUAGCUUGUGUGUUUUGACACUUGCUGGAGAAUGCCGUGCCCUGAGAGCGGUGUUUAGGAGGUUAUUGUAGCAUUGAGCUUAGCUCUGGGGGCACCCAUAUAAAACAUGUCAGGGAAGGAAAUCGCUUAAAGACUCUGCUUAUCCCUUUGGCUUGGUUUUCUGUUGUAUCUACAG